GUAUCAGGUUUUGCCGGAAAGUUCUCGCAAACCCAAUACAAGUGGAAAUUUGGUCGCAUUUCCGCUCUGGACUCGGCCGCACCCCUAUUUGAGGGCUAUCCGGGUGCUUACCUCGACCAAAACGACGGCAUAUACGUGGACGCCAUCCACUCCAGUGCCGGACACCUGAUCAUAACGGGAGAGGUAGGCUUCAUAGAGCCCAUCGGUCACGUGGACUUCUUCCCGCACAACGGCACACAUCAGCCCCGAUGCUCUCAACUCAAUGAAACCAUUCAUAUCUCAUGCAAUCACUACUCAUCCGUCUUAUACUUCGAGGCCUCCCUCAGCGGUGGAGACCAUUGUAUGUUCACUGCAUACAAGUGCACCAAUUGGACGGACUUUGAGGACAAGAAAUGCGCCAAAAAUGCCGACCAGAGACUCGGCUUCUACAGCACCACUCAAACCGGAAAAGGGGUUCAGUAUUUGGAUGUCAAUAAAGCCUAU